AAUGAAAUCAUUCAGAACACGGCUGGCUGCCGGGGUUACGAUAGGCAGAAUAACAUAUUGAAAUCAUUAAUCUCAAAAUAUUAACCAUGUGAUGGAGGAUUAAAUUACCAAAGAGGAGUUUUCAUCAUGAGGACGAAGCUUUCGAAUAGACAGCCUACUCGAUAUUGGGGAAAUAUGUAGUAGACUACGAACGGAACGGAAUGCAUAGCAGAGGUCAGCUGUGGGAGUCAGUCGCCCCCGCAGUUUUCUGAGCAAAGGAUGAAGUUACAGAGGGGGAAGCCAAACGGUGAAUAUUCCACUACGGGCAACUAGCAAACUACAUUGGUAUGAAUGGUCCACACACAAUGCGGUAUUUUAUUCGGCUAUGCUUUGGGGUUUGAAUUCAUGCUAGCCUAUAUCCUUCAGACUUUUUAAUGGCUAAAGAUUAUGUUUAGCUAAAUAUAUGAAAUGCAUAUUUUUUUCUGGUGCAUUUCUACCUAUAAAGCUUCACACGUGCCCCCCAAAAUAAUUUCGUUAAUAUGUGAUUUCAGUAUCCUUUAUAUGGAUGUACGGGAGUGGAUAUUGGUACAGCAACAUGUUUGUUAAAGCAAACCUGGGUUAUUGACAAAGGCUAAGUAAAUCAUCACGGGCUGCCAUCUGCCAGGACCCCCACUUUUGAAUUGAACAAUGACUGGACCCAACGCCACUAGCACUAGUUCACCUGCAGCUAAAAUGGGGAGGCACCGAUCCAAAAGCACCAGUGGCAGUACGUACUGCAUCUCGAGCCCGGGUGCUGAAUCUGCCUCCCUUAGCACCCCCAACAACGCUGGACGUUCAUCGGGAGAAGAAGAUGAGAAAGAUGGGGGGGUGCUAUUUUACGUGAACAGAACUGGUUUUCCCAUUGACGGUGUCACUUGGGAGAGGAUGUGGACUCAUGUGGCCAAAGUACACCCUGAACGACAAGACAUUAGCAAGAUAAGGAAUGCUGCAUACCUUCCUAAACACCCUGUGCCAUCGGUCCCCAACUUCAAGCCCACCAUGUCUGUCCCUGAUUGGCUGCUGGCCAUCCAGAACUAUAUGAAGACACUGCAAUACAAUCACACAGGAACUCAGUUCUUUGAGAUAAGGAAAACUAGACCAUUGUGUGGGUUGAUGGAGACUGCGAGGGAAAUGAUCAGGGAAUCUCUUCCAAUCAAAUGCCUUGAAGCUGUCAUCCUUGGAAUCUACCUGACCAAUGGGCUGACCUCGGUGGAGCGUUUUCCCAUCAGCUUUAAGACCCAGUUCUCAGGUAACCACUUCCACCACGUGGUGCUGGGCGUCUACUGCAACGGACGCUAUGGCACGCUGGGCAUGAGUCGCCGCCAAGACCUCAUGGACAAGGCCCUGACCUUCCGCACGCUCAGCGACCUGGUGUUGGAGUUCGAGGACUCGUACCGCCGCUACCAGCACACCCUGAAGAAGGUGAAGAUCGGCCUAUACGUGCCCCACGACCCGCACGUCUUCCAGCCUAUCGAGUGGAAGUACCUGGUGCUCAACGCCGCCCGUCUGGGGAGAGAGGACAUGAGGAAGGAGCUGGAGAAGCAUGGCCGAGACAUGAGGAUGAAGAUCCUGAAGUCGUCAAGUGCCCAGUCUCCCAUCAAAGAACGGAGCAGAGGCAAGUCUCUCUCCCCCCGCCGCCGACAGAGCAGCCCCCAAAGACGCCACAUCCACCGGAGAGACAAGUCUCCUGCGGCUCUGGAUCGAAAGCCUGCAGAACUCAGCACUUUGACCGACGGCUACCAGAUCCGCAUCUGAGACUCCUUGGAACUGGUCUGCAUUCUCCUGGUCUUCACUCUGACCACCCAGUCCACCUCACACACCCUCAAAUAUGUUCACCUGACAUUGUGUAUAUCAUAAUUAUAAAGUAUUUAUAGGGUUUUGCCAGCAGCCUCUUCUGUAGGGUGAAGAUGAUGACAUUAUGCUAAACUGGAGGCAGACAUCUAGUAGGAACACGUACAUUGAAUAUAUCAAAGGUAUAUAUUUCCUGUCCUUCAUGACCAGACGAACAAAAGCCUGAACAAGAGGUGUGUUUCAUUAUACACCUCCACACAUGCAUUAGCCACAUACAUUUGCAUACAUAUCUAUUAUGUUUUUAAGGAAGGACUGAUGCCUAAAUUGCAUGAAGACAUCAUAUCAAGACCUCUCAUGCGUUUAGAGAAGUACAUAUGUUGGAUUCUCUACAUGGUUUUUAAAAAAUCUGUUUUUUGUAUAGCCUGUGUGCUUUUGUGUAGGAGAGCAACAGUCACAUUUCAUUUACUUUUACAAUGUGAAGAUUCAUUUUUUAAAACAGAGUCUGUGGGUUAAAAAAAUAGCCGACAGUAUGCUGACGUUAUGUAAAAAGGGUCAAAUAGUGUGACUGAUCAUCUAUUUUUUUCAAUAUAAUUAAUAUAUAGACUGAAAGGUUGUUGUAAUGCCUAAAUAUGUAGAGGAUGUUAAGUAAUCUGCUGGGCUGAGUUGUAGUCCGUGUGAUGAUGUGGGAAGUGAAAGGGUGAGGGGAGAAAGAGAGAAGAGUUGGAGGAAACAGGAUGUACUGUAGGCUUGAGGUGAGGGGAACAGAGAGGUGCCAAAGACCAGGGCAGUCAAGCAGAGAGCCUGCUGAGUACUCUGCUAAACCCCAGCCCUGACACUCGGUUAGAUUAUCCCCCCCUGUCUCUGUCUCUAUAGACCCUCCUCUCUCACAGAUACAGUGCUGGGCCCGGUUUCCCAAAAGCAUUUUAAGGCUAAGUUCAACAUUAGAACCAUCGCUUAAGAUGCUUUUGGGAAACCUGGCCCAGAUCAAUUAAUCUUUUAUGGAAAUCAAAGCUUGUGACAAUGAUGCUUUGGAGUUUAGCCGGAACAUGACCUUUUUAAUCCCAAGAGAAUUUGACCGUAACGUGUUGCUUCAAAUGUCAACUCUGUUACACCUCAGCAUACAGACAUAUACAAAAACAUGUCUGAUAAUAUUAUGUAGCUCCUAACCUGAGGCCUUUCUGAAUCCUAUCACAGAAUCUUGAAGUUAAGAAUGCAAAUACUGAACACCACAAGACAGACACAUCAGUCAAAUCAAGGCUUCUAUGCCAUCUCAACUGCCAUGAUGCGGUGUUGAAGACUGUUUCCAUUUUUUUUGUAGUAUUCAAAAGUCAUCAGAUAUCCAGGAGGGUGCCAACUGAACAAUAUGACAUUUUAUAGCUUUUGGUUAAACAAGCUAUGCACAUCAAACGGAAAUGAUAAAUCAUUGUAUGUCUUCCUCAAUCUAAAUAGUUUCGAGAUUGCAGCAGAAUUGAAAUCCAGUCUCAUUUUCUUGAAUCCUGAACGAGCUGAGAACAUAUCAGUUCUUAUGUUUCUAAUUAACAUUUUUUAUUCUAACGAUCAAAUUGUGAAUGGUGCUGCUAGUCUGACAGUAUACCAUCAAGGCCAACACUAUUGGCACCAGCCGUCUGAAAGACUAUAAGCACAAAAUAACCAGCUUAAUAUACAUGGCCAAAAGUAUAUGUAUUGGUGAAUUUGGCUGUUUCAGUCACACCCGUUGCUGACAGGUGUAUAAAUCGAGCACACGGCCAUGCAAUCUCCAUA